GGCCGAAUCUGGUUGCGGUUCACCCUCCCCAGUGGCAGCAGCUGGGAUCUACCAUCAUCAUUAGCAAUCCAGUAGAAAGCAGCAAGACAUUUUACCCAGAGCUGGAUGAGCAUCCCGAAGUGCCUAGCGGCAUGUGGCAGCCAGGAGUGGCAUCAACCGGUACAUGGUGAGAUGGGCGUGAACUGAGGUGCAGAUGCAUGGGCAUGGAUCCUAGGAAAGUCCUCAGGGACCCCAUUUCGGCCACGGCAGCACACGGCCUCUCUGGGCAGCCAUCCCUUUCUUAUAAAACCCCAAUGGAUGGGCCAUCACCUCGAGACCCCCACACUGCCGCCGCUUCUGAUUCUUCUUCUCCCGCUCUUCCCCAGAAACACCACGUCCUGACCCACGGGAGGCCAAGGUUGGACAGACAGCCUCAGCAGUCCGGGGAAAGACGCAGACGUCAGGUCCCGUGCAACUAUUCCAUCCAUCGCACCGCAUCGACGACAGCAACCCUCAACAAGACCCCUCGACAGACCCCUCUUCGUCGCGGUCCUUCCCACCAAACCCCGUGCGGAUUACCACUCUGCUUAUUCUUUAGCCUUGUCUGUCUGAGUCCCUUGUCCCGCUACACUUUGCCUCUCUGAGUGCGCUACCCGCGGCCAGACCAGGAAACCGCAUUAUUUUACUGAAGAGGCCUUCUCCGACGCGCAGCGGCAUCUGGCGGGCUUGCUCUUGUUUUUUGCCUCCUUUGUUUGAAAAUAAUUUCACUUUUUUUUUUUUUUUGGUUCUGACGGGAGGCGCCGGUCACUUUACUUUUGCCCGCCGUGUUGAGCUUUGCCUGCCAUGAUAUCGUGAGCCUCGUCCCUAUUGGUUUCUUGGUGAGGUCGAGAGCGAGUCCCCCAACUCCACGAACACCUCUCUUUCCCCUCUCUGGCGCGUCUUUGAGCGACAUAUACAGCAGUCCAUACCACCACAAAAACCCACACCCUAUCGAUUCACAGCACGUCUGCCUAUACCUCGUGCCACCUCCAUCGAGCGUAUAUCUACUCCACAGAGCGGCCCUUCACCUACAUACGCACGCACUGUAUUGUAAGUCCCGCGGACCAUCCCGAUUCAUCACCCAUCGUCACACUUUGCCAGCCGGGCAUUUCGGAGAUUCACUCGGGACCUUCCCCAGUAUUCCUACCCCGGAUCUGUGUGACUGAACAAGAGCUACUCAUUCAACCGUGCAGCCCAAUCAGUGCCGGUGUCUUCCGAUUGGAAAAUCACCUCUGCGAGAGAACAUGGCUUCUGUUCUCGCAUCCCAGCCAAGUGAAAUCAAACCUCCAGCACCACCGGCGCGAACUAUGCAGUCCAUGCCCCCUCAGCAGGAGCUCACGCCUCCUGAAAACAUAAAACAGGAGCACGAAGACCAUGAGAGAGGCCGCACACGUAGCCGAUCUGACGACAAAGAUGUGGAUGGUCUCGAUCUAGAUGAUGCCGAGGAUGGCGGGGAUGGUGCUCACUCGUCCAACUCGGAAGGCCCCGCGCGGAAACGUAGGCGAAGCCGGAAGGGCCAGGAGAAGAAGUUUGAGUGUCCUGAGAAGGGUUGCGGGAAGAGCUACUCGAGGGCAGAGCAUCUCUACCGCCAUCAGCUCAACCAUAACCCGAAGCAAGUGUACAAGUGCGGCAUCGGUGACUGCCAGAGGACCUUCGUCCGGCUCGAUCUUUGCAAUCGUCACAAGGACCGACACACGGCAAAGGGGUCUGCUCUCAACCGGAAAGACUCGCUGAUGAGUCAAGCCUCACCCAUCACAGAUAACCGAUCUCCAUUUAUGACGGCGGGCUCUGCCUCUCCUGAAGUCAACAGGCCAGGCACGGCAUACAACAAGGGCCGGGCUUUGACCAUGCAAUUUCAGUCUCCAAAGAACGGCAUGCCGUACAGUCCAAUGGGCAACACGCCACCGGCUGGCUAUCCAAACGGAGGAUCCAAUGGUCCCGUCGACUACAUGCACCACGACCAUAACAACUACGGGCAUAUGUCUCAACGACAGCCACUUCAUUCUCCAGGCGGUCCUCAACGGCCUUCCAUUCAGACCAGCGUUGGUCCUUACGGCGUUUUAUCACCUGUUUCGAACCAGCCAGGAUACCACAGCCAGCCAUCGGGAACUCCCCAGUCGGCGGGCGGGAUGUCCUAUGUUCCACCACAAAACUUCCCUCCAUUCAGUCUGCCGCCAUCCGAGUUUCCUACUUCGUCAGCCGGGGGUGUUGAUCGUGAAGAACAGCAGCAGGCGUAUGCGCCACCGACCUCGACCGAAUACAAUGAUCAGCAUCAGCAGCCAGGAGGUGAAAUGAUGUUGCUUGAUCAAAUGGCCAUGCCUCAAACAAUGCCCGUGUUUGGCAGCGACAGCAUGUUGAACAAGUCGCCUUAUGUCGGCAUGCCGGAGGAUUUCAUGGCGUACCUGUUCAACACCGCACACACGGAUGGUUCUCCAAUGGCUGUGCCGAUUCAAGGGGGAGGGUACAACUAUGGGGAGUUCUCCAGCCAGUUUAGUGUGCCUUACUACGGCAAUGAUCCAAGCCAGAUGGGCUACUUCCCACCUUCAACAGCACCACAGCAGAUCAUGUCCGUCACUAACCUUUUGGAUCAAAACCUCCCCGAGUCGGUCAUUUCAGACGAGAAGAGCGCCGAGAUCUUCGAGUUUAUCAAGGAAAGAUUCCACGAAAAUGGCCAGGCGCCAGUCGAGCGGCAACGCGAAGGCAUCCUCGAAGGCGAUCGCAACGACGACUCACACAUGCUCAGCCGCAAGAUGAUGCAGGCGUACAUCGGCUCGUACUGGGUUCACUUUAGCGAUCAGGUUCCCAUUUUGCAUAAGCCGACCUUCUCCCCAGAAAAGACGCCGAAUCUGCUGUUGAUUGCCAUGAUGACGAUCGGUGCCGCCUGUCUUGACAAGACUCACGGUCAGAAGGUGACCAAAGCUGGUGCCCAGCUCUCCAACUUUUUGGCGUGGCAUCUCAGGUGGGAAAUGUUCCAGGAUCCCAACUGCCGGCCGCCGGCGAAGCUGUGGGUUUUCCAGACGCUCCUCCUGCUCGAACUAUACGAAAAGAUGUACUCGACCCGCGAGCUUCACGAGAGGGCACAUAUUCACCAUGCCACUACCAUCACUCUCAUGCGUCGCGGGCGAGCCCUCAUCGGCAAGUCCGCUUUGGAUUCGCCACCGAAUCCCAGAGAUGACAAGACCAACGGCUCCAGACACUCGUCGACAUCGGGUAUGGCGCACACUCCGAGCGAGUGGUGGAACCACUGGAUCGCUGGCGAGUCGACGCGGCGCGCAGCCUUUGCCGCCUUUGUUAUCGACUCUAUUCACGCCACCAUGUUUGGACAUUCCACCGUCAUGGUGGCCCACGAGAUGCGCCUGCCGUUGCCUUGUGACGAUAAGUUGUGGAAGGCCACAAGCGGUGCCGAGGUGGGCAGGAUCGAGUCACAGCUCUUGGCUGUGGGCAACAAGCCGGUCGCCUUCUUGGAAGGUCUCAAGCGGACACUGAGCGGCCACGAGGUGCAGACGAACUCGUUUGGCCGCACCAUUCUAAUGGCCGGCUUGCUCAGUGUCAGUUGGCACAUGAACCAGAGAGAUCUUCAAGUCAACUCUCUCGGCGGCCCGGUCGGACAAGCUCUCGGCGGGCGGGACAAGUGGCGGGCUACCUUGACGAGGGCUUUCGACUCGUGGAAGGGCGACUUUGACAAGACGUUGUUCAAGCGCGGCGAGGCGUCGGCCGACCCCUAUUUUCACACACCCGACCACAGCGAAGCCAAUGUCGUGUUUGAGAGCCGGAUCGUCCUCCACCACCUGGCCCACAUGGCCAUGCACGUGGACAUCGUCGACUGCCAGAUGCACGCGCGAGCAAAGAGAUUGCUCGGUCGAGCGAUUGGGCAGCAGGAUGUCUCCAGCGCUUCGAAGCGGAUGAGAGAGUGGGCCCCGACGGCAAAGGCGCGCGACGCGACGUACUACGCCCUCAAGUUCCUGAACUCGGUGCUCCAGCCUGAUCGAGUGGCGACUCCCAGCUCCAACGGAUACGGCCGGUACGACGAGAUUUACUCGGCCCGCGACGACGUCCUGCUCAACAGGCCCUGGGUUCUCUACUUUGCCGCUCUGGUGGUGUGGUGCUAUGGGUUUGCUCUCGAGGGACCCAGCCCGGAAACGCCUGUGCCGACCACUCAGCAGGACAAGGUCCGUCAGAUGCGGGAGUACCUGGCCAAGUAUGGCAACCCGGCGUCGCCAGAGGAGCUCAAGACUAUGAAGGGGAUCAGCCACAACACGUCUAUGCUGAUGAUUUUGAAGGACACCUUUGAGGUGACGAGGUGGCAGCUGCUCCACGAGGGUGCUACUCUGCUGAGCAAUUGUAUUAAUCUGAACAUGGGGCAGAUGCAUUAGCUGGUGUGGUAAUUUACACACAUACGGGAAGGUUAACUGCUUUUGUUGGGGUUGUAUAGGGGUUUCUCGCAGAGGCCUAUCAUCUUGCUUGCUAGGUGUUUGCCAGAGACGGAGGGAGUGUGGGGUGGCUGUUUAUGAUCUUUGAGACGGGUUUAUACUGUUAUUGCGAAAACACAUGGAGGGACACUUGGAAGGGAAUGAGGGGGGCCUAUUAUUAUGAAAAUUAGGCAUAGCAUACUAAAACGGAAAGUCCCAACGGAAAGGGGCUUGAUGAGGGUGGUGAGGAGGGAGGCAUACGGGGAGGAAAGCAUAUACCUACGUGGUCAGGUCAAGCGAGAACAUGGAGGGAGGGGGGGGGGCAUAUUACUACUUCAAACAACAUUCACACGCACAUCGAGUUUUUUCUUCUUGUUGAGCUCCUUUUUAAAACACUAUACCCCUUAUUUUUUAUGUUGAUAUUUUUUUUUUUUUUUUUGGUUUCUUUUUUGCUCAUGACCUGUUUUAUUGGGCGAUUACACAUAGCAUUUGACAUGAGAGGAAGAAGAAGAAAAACAAAUUGAUGAUACAUUUUGCCAUGCUGCUGCUUCUUAUUGUGGUCAAGGGCGAUGAGGAGGUGUAGGUAAGG